GGUCGUUGCCAUGGUGACCGCCAGGGGUCGCCUUGGACACGCAAACUGCGGCACCCAGCGCAGCCCCUGGGGCGGAAGGCGCAAGGUCACCAAAGCCCAGAGAAGGGGACACCCACUGCUGCCCUCUGUGCUCUCGGCACCUGGACUUACCAGCCUGGGGGCGGGGGCGGCCUGGGUCAGGGAGGCUUUCUGGAGUUCCGGGAUCGGCCCCGCCCCCGGGCCCUGCCACCGCUCAGCCCCGCAACUACCGAGUUUCUCCCUCCUUCCUUCCCCACCACCAGCUGCCACAGAGCUAAGGUGCAGCGCCCUACCCACCGUGAGCCUUUUCUAAGCACCUGCCUGUGCCAGGCAGCACCUCAGAGGUACAGAUCCGGCGUGGAGGCGGGCGGGGCCCAGAGGCGCAAGCUCCCCGAAGCCAAGACAUGUUGCGGUUUUGUUCGCUCGCAGCUCCUGGCACACAGGAGGCCCUCAGUCUGGAAGGAAUGGUGCUCACAGCCAGGUUUUUAAAGCCUGGAUUAAAACGGUGUUUGCACAAUUCAUCAGUGACCACCGUGAUGGAGGCCUGCAGACCCAGGUUGUCCCACUUAACUAGCUGGCGCUCUAUUUCCCAAACUUCCUCAGAGCCCUCAUUCUACAGGUGGGAGCACCGAGGCCCAGAGGACAGUCCCGGCAGCUGUGUCCUUCCUCGCCUUUCAGAAGGGGGUCCCAUCUGUACCUCUUCUCCCACGCUGCCUGGCUCCCUCGGGUCCAUAGUUCAGGUCUCAGUCAAAGGGCACUUCCUCUGGGAAGCCUUCCCUGACCAGCCUCCCUCUCCUGCCUCCCCUUCUACCCACCCAGUGGUAUGUCUCUCUCCCCUUCUGCACUGUGAAAGCCUGAGGACAGGCAGCGUGGGGACUCUGUCCCUCCUCAUCUACCUGUAGUGCCUGGCUCUGUGCCUGCCACAGGCUCAAAAGUAAACGAAUGUUUGUGGAAUGAAUAGGUGAGAGCUCAACCUGCAGAGUGAAAAGGUGAGUGGUACUCACCUCCUCCUCACUGGCUCUCACCCUGGAGGGCCCUGGUCAGGGGCAGAGGGUGCUGCGGAGUCCUGGUGGGUCCUCCUCGGCCCCGCCCUGCCUGUGCCCCUCCCAUGGUGCUUGCCACACUCCAUGGUAGAGUCUGUGUUUGUAAUACAUGACGUGGGUUUUCCCCGAGUGAGCAUUUACUGUUGCUGAGCUCAGUUUCCUCAUCUGGAAAAUCGAGUUAAGAAGCCUGGUAGUGAGUCGCUGUGAGGAUUAAGUGAAAUCCCUCAGGAAAACCCCAGCUCAGGGCCUGGCACAGAGGUACCACCACAUACCAACUGCAUGCCCUGGAACAGGCAUAUCCUUGCCCUAAGCCUCCAUUUCCCCAUCUGAAAAGGAGACUCUGAAAGCCCCAUAAUCGAGGGGUGAUUUAAAGUGUGUGGAGCACGGCUGGUGCCAGGCAGGUACUUGCUGGACAACCGCCGCUGACACUCAGGGAGGGCUGCUCUAUGUCAGGAACGGCCCAAGUUGUGAUGCGCUGGCCUAAUGCCAUUCCCUCAAUGCUGAGGGUCCUUUCCACGAUCCUCUGGAUGUGCCAAUGAGGCCGUGCAGCUGUGGAGUGGCAGAGCUGUGUCUAGGAGUUGGCACCCAGAGUUGCCAUGGCAACCCCCCAUCCCCAGCCAUGUGUCCGGAGCUUCCUGAGGGAGGACACUAGGCCUCUCUCUGGACCCCCUGGGAUGCCUGGUGGAUAGUAGGUGUACACUGAGGUUUGCUAAAUGGAACAGAGGCAAUGGCACCCCAUGCAUCACCCCAAGACCCCUGAGCCCUGAAUCCCUCUGGGGCAAGCACCCUGGGUGGGUUGUGGUGGCUUUGCUCCCUUUUCCAGCCUGGUCUCUCCUGCAGCCUAUGAAUGGCCCCAGUCCCCACUGUGCUCAGCCCCUCCUCUCCAGCAGGACCUUAGCAACCCAGGCCUCACUGGCUACACGUAUCCUUGGAGACAAGACACCAAGAGUGCAAACACAGGCCAGAGAGCUGUGGGCAGAGUGUUUCCAACCUCCCUGCCAUGAGGGAUCUGUUCACCUUCCAGAACCAAGCCUGCUGGGAGGAGCGCCUCAGGAAGGAGGCUGCUGCCCGAGCCGCCUGGAAGGUCAACCAUGGCCACAAGUACCCCAAGGAGAGGUCCCUGCCCAGGAAGCGGCUCCAGCAGGCCCUCCUCCCCUCAGCCCCGGGAGUGGGGUCCUUGCCUGCCACCAGCUCCCCUGGCAGAAGGACCGGAUUGCCGGAGACCCAGGGGGUCAGGGCCCAGCCAUCUGGGACAGUGGGAGUCCCGGAGGCCCAAAGAGCAACUCGGGAGCCCGCAGGCCAGACCAAACGAGCGAGCUUGGAAAUGAGGCGGGUGCCCUCGAGCACCCGGCAGCUGCUCUUCCAAGGCCUCUCCCACGACGGCCAAGGCCGGGCCUUGUACCUCCGGGAGCGGAACCGAAAGAAGCCAGCGGAGAAGUUUCGGUAUCCCGUCUUAUCCUCCUGGGAGUACGGCUGGCACGUGGGGGAUGCUGUGAAGAACACCAGGCUUUCAAUAUAUGCCAAGUGCCAGCCCAUCACAGAAACCUUUCACAGCAAAUGUGGCGUCUUCCAUUUUCCUCGGCGAACAGACCAGCUAAUGUGAACUUCGCGGGAUUCAGAAGUGGCUCCUUCCUUUGCCCUCGUCCAGCUGGACCCUGCGGAGGGGAGAUGCUGCCCACCCGCCCUCCCUGUGCUGGCAGCCCGUCCCUGCUGGGCACCCCAGGACUCAGGGUGGCCCACCUGCUGCCUCCAUCUGCCCUCGGUGACCGCAGCUCCUCACAGAGCUCCCACCACCAUCCCCAGCCUGUGCCACCACCAGGUCAAACCCGAAACCCAAGUAAGUGCCCUGACCGAAUCAAACCCCACCCACCCACCACCACCCCUUGGGUACAGGCCGGCGCUCCAACCAACUGAGCCACACCGGCCAGGGUGAUAUUUUCAGCUUUGUGGGCCAUCAGGUCUGAACCACAAAACCACCCAGCUCUGCUGUUGUAGUGUAAAAGCAGUGUGGACAGAACAUAAACAAGUGAGCAUGGAUGUGUUCUAAUAAAACUUUAUUUAAAAAAACUUGUGGUGGGCUAGAUUUGACCAUAGUAGUAGUUGGCUGAACCGUAGGUUAAAUGAAAUAUAUUAUUAAAAUUAAUUUUACUUGUUUUUUUGUUUCUUUAUUUUAAUGUGACUACUAGAAAAAUUACAAAUUGGCUCACGUGGCAUCCCUAUUGGAUCUAAGCACUUUGCAAACUGAGGGAUAUUUUGUUCCCUGGGGAGAAGCCUGUGUGUGUGUGUGUGUGUGUGUGUGUGUGUGUGUGAAUGUGUGUGAAUGUGUGUGAGUGUGUGUGACUGUGUGUGACUGUGUGUGAG